AUGCUCCUUUCUGCCCCUCAUCCCUUGCAGCAAGGCUGCGUGGCUUUUUUCUUCAUAAUUGGAACAUGCUUGGGAACUUCCACUCAUAAAGUUGGCCCAAUCAUCGAUCUAGGCUAUGCGAAGUAUCAGGGAUCCUACAAUGAUACCUCUGGCCUUAACAUCUUCAAAGGGAUCCGAUAUGCUGCACCACCGCUAGGAAAGCUGCGAUGGCAAGCUCCGGAGCCACCCCCAGCAAAUCAGACAACCGUUCUUCCUGCAACAGAACAACCCCCACUUUGUCCACAGUCUGGAGCUGCAAAGCUACCCGAAGUCUAUGGAUUCAACUCUGCUCUUGGUGACGAAGAUUGCCUCUUUUUGAAUGUCUAUGCGCCGUCAGGAGCGAAAGCGCUCCCUGUUCUUGUGUGGAUUCAUGGAGGUGGCUAUGGCCUUUACGGAGCCAUCUAUGAUCCCAGCGAUUGGAUGAAGACCAACAAGAACGGAUUCAUCUCCGUCGUGAUUCAGUAUCGACUAGGGGCAUUUGGCUUCUUGUCUUCGGCAGAAGUGCAUAAAUACGGCAAGACCAAUGCUGGCUUGCUAGACAUGCGAUUUGCUCUUGAAUGGGUUCAAAAUCAUAUAAAAACCUUUGGUGGCGACCCUACCCGUGUUACUAUUGGUGGUGAAUCUUCUGGUGCUGGGGCUGUGAUGUUGCAAGCGAUGGCCUAUGGCGGUCGAGAAGACUAUCUGUUUGAAAAUAUCAUUGCGGCAAGCCCUUAUACUCCAGCGCAGUACAAUUACAAAGACGCUGUACCCACCAAACAUUACCUCGAGUUCGCGAAACACGCGGGAUGUUAUGAUGGAGGGUCUUCAAGAGAUUUAGCUAUCUUUGACUGCUUAGUACGCGCCGAUUCGAAUACUCUGCAAUAUGCUAGCGGCAAUGUUUCGAUAUCUGGCGCUUGGGGCACAUUUGCCUUUUUGCCUGUCACAGAUGGAGACUUCGUACGAGAGCUUCCGUCGAAGCAACUGCUCCAAAAGAAGAUUAGUGGCAAACGCAUACUGAGUGGUAAUAAUGCCAAUGACGGCAUUCCUCUCAGUCCGCCAACGAUAAACACGACUGGUGGCUUCAUGAACUACAUUGAGUCCACAUUCCCACUCUUCACAAACUCGGACUACGCACAGCUCCUUGAUAUUUACAGCACAAGGUCCUCCCUGCCAAAUACCAUCGGGCCUCUCUACGACACCCUCGGCACACAUGGUCCAACCGCAUUAAACCAAUCUGAAUUCGCAAACGGCCUCCAACAAACCGUAUUCGACAUAUUUGCUGAGACGACCUUCGACUGUCCAUCCUACUGGCUUGCAGACGCAUUUUCAGGAGAUGACACGAAAUCAAGCUGGAAAUAUCAAUAUUCUGUGACCCCUGCGUAUCACGGCGCAGACUUGACGGCGUAUUUCUCUGUUGGGCAGGCACUACCUACACGCGGCUUUAUGCACGCGUUUCAGAAGAUCUGGGGUAGCUUCAUUAUCUACGGCACGCCGGUUGUAUCCGUCCAGGAUGCCAAAGGAGGCAGGGACAACGCUACUGUACCACAUGGUCCUGACGGAAAUGUUGCUUGGCCGAAGUGGACGGCGAAAACCCCAACGUUGAUGAAUCUGAACACAACGGGCGGCUCGUUGGUCCGGGACACGGUGACUGAUCAUCUGGCAUAUUGGCUGCGUGAGGACCCUGGGGUCACAAAUGAAUUCAGAUUGGCUAAUGCAAAGUCUUGGGAAGGUAGCCGUGGCAGCCGGUGUGAUUUCUGGCAGCGUGUUGGGUCAAGAGUGCCGCAGUAG